ACGGAGCCGAGCGCCUCCAUUUUAUUUUUCAUUUAUUUCUCUUUUACAACGCAAAAUAUUACAUUCGUCGGGAAGAUUAUAUGAAAACUUAGAAUCUUACAUGAAAAUUUGCACAGUGGUGUGUCGGACGAUCAUUUUGUGGACAAAAAAAAAACUAUCAUUCAAGAAUUACGUAAUAUUUUUUUUAUCCAGAAGAUUGGAAAGUUUUUGCUGUAAGAGCGGCGCGUGGAGCAGCGAUGCUCGUGUCGGAGCGCUAGGGCAUGCUCUGCGGCGCCAUCUGGUCCGCCGCGCCGGUGAGCCUGCGCGGACUGGCGCCGCCGCUGCCGCCGCGCCCAGCUAUCCUCGCCGCGCUCGUCAUGCACGCACUGCAUGCCAGCGAUGAAUCCAGCUUCAUAGAGAAUGGUCUACUGUCGUACGAGAAUCCAAACUAUCACUUGGACCCGGCGCGCCUCGAGUCCGCGAUAUACAGCGACCUCUACGACAUGCACGACGAUAAAGACAUGCCUCUAGAUUACGACAAUUAUCUCGACAACAGGAGAGUCGAAGACGAAGCGUCUUCACCCGUAAACAAAGUAAACGACAAAAGCGGCCUCAUCACGCCGCCCCAACAGAAUGGCGGCGGGGAUUCCCCCCCUCCGGAGAAAGAGAGGGCUGACCAGGAGGACAAUGAAAAGAGUCACUCCGGUCCAGUCCCUCACUGUGCGGAGGGACCAAACGACGACCUGUACGCCAUACCUGUCAAAUUGCGUCCCAAGAAAGAAACAUUGCCACCAGGAUGGGAGAAACAUGAAGACAAUGAUGGUCCAUAUUAUUGGCACAUAAAAAGCGGGACCAUUCAAAGGGAAAUACCGAAAAUGCCGCCCAUCGAAGCGAGGGAGUCUCGCAUAUCUAUGGUCCGAGACUGUUCGAACUUGUCAGAUAUCAAGUAUGAAGGUGCUAUGACGUCAUCCGUCACCAGGAGUACCACGAGCGGUGCUUUGGAUCAUGUCGAUCAAGACUUUGAAAGGAAACGAAGAGAGGAAGUAGCUUACAAACGCCGCAGCUAUCCCGUCCGUCCCGAGCAAGACGGGCGCGCUGUACGAUUCUUCGUCCGAUCUCUCGGCUGGGUUGAGAUCUCCGAGGCUGACCUCACACCGGAGCGCUCAAGUCGUGCAGUUAAUAAGUGUAUCGUGGACUUGAGCCUCGGCCGCAAUGACUUGCUAGACCAAGUCGGCCGCUGGGGUGAUGGAAAGGAUCUCUUCAUGGACCUAGACGACGGAGCCCUUAAGUUGAUCGACCCAGAGAGUCUGAAUACGUUGCACACACAGCCGAUACACACGAUCCGUGUGUGGGGAGUCGGCAGGGACAAUGGACGAGACUUCGCAUACGUGGCCCGCGACCGCGUGACGCGCAAACACAUGUGCCACGUGUUCCGCUGCGAGGCGCCCGCGCGCUCCAUCGCUAACGCGUUACGGGACAUCUGUAAGCGCAUCAUGAUCGAGCGCUCGCUGCAGCCACCGCCACGCCCUACUGACCUGCCGGCUGCCAGGCGACCGCGACCACUGUCUGGAGCAUCAUUCCCAACUCCGAUGGAAGAGCCUCGGAAGACAGUAAGAGCGAGAUAUCUGGGCAGUGCAGAAGUCCCGCGAGCAACAGGGAUGGACGUUCUGAAUGACGCCAUCGACCGACUGGCGGCGGCCCGAGCGCCCUCCGCCUGGAGACCGGUCGCCGUUGCCGUCGCGCCCUCCAUGAUCACUAUUACAGAAGAAGGGGAGUGCAGUCCGCUGGUGGAGUGCCGCGUGCGCUACCUGUCGUUCCUGGGCAUCGGGCGCGACGUGCGGCGCUGCGCGUUCAUCGUGCACACGCCGCAGGACCAGUUCGUGGCGCACGCCUUCCACGCCGAGCCGUCCUCCGGCGCGCUCUGCAAGACCAUCGAGGCUGCUUGCAAGUUGCGCUACCAGAAGUGUCUGGACGCGCACGGCGGCUGCGGCGCUGUGGGCGGCACAGCGGGCGCGGGCGCAGGGGGGGACGCGGCGCGCGCGUCGCUCGGACAGGCGCUCAAGUCGCUCGUGGGCUCGCUCACUGGCCGACGCGCCUCCUGAGCGGCGACUGACGGUCAACUCCCAGCGAUCCACGACGAGGAGCGCACCGCGUAGCCGCCGCCGCGCCGCACCCGCGCCGUACUCGCGCCACUCCCGCGCCACUCCCGCGCCACUCCCGCGCCACUCGCGCCGCACCGCUGAUAAGCUUCCCGCGAAAGUAUCGCUCCGUUAUUAUUUCACGAUGUACCAUCAAUGCGGUUAAGAUAUUAGUAUUAUAAGUUAAUAAUAUAAACCGAUAUAAUAAUUUUACGUUCUCGUUUCAAAUAUUUACACGGUAUUCCGUAUAAUAUAAUGUAUUAAUUGAAUAAUGAAUAAUCUAUCAAUGCUUUAUAAUAUUCAUUUUAAAUAUCGAACUUGAAUAUUUGAUGACAUAGUAUAUUCUUAAUAAAAUAUCAUGGUAACAAUCUUAUUUCAAAUGUAUUUCAAACUUGUUUAAUUGUUUUGUUUUUAACAUAAACGACCUUAUGAACGUAGUUAAGCUGGAUUAGUUAAACAAUGCUAUCUUCUUCUUUCAAAAGUCAAAUCAAUAAUGAUAGAAAGAGAGAGGUCAGUGUUUAACUAAACAGUCGCUAAGCAACGUUUAUAAGUAAGGUUUAAAUAGUUUCGGGUUACGUUAUGAUUUCCUUUGCAGCGCAUUCCUGUCACAAAACUGAAGCGUGGAAAAGUUUUUAUAGCACAAAUAAAAAGUUAACAAUCAUACAUUUUCUGUUCUUCUAAUUUCAAAUUAUAUAACUGGUACUUGAAUGAGUUGUUAAAAUGCAUACAAAAUUGAUCCAUAAUAAUUUUUAAUGUACCUACUCAUAUGAAAAGUUUUGAUUAAAUAAAUUUUAUAUACAUAUCUAAAUAUACGAUAAAUUAAUUUUGUUAGUAAUCAAAUAAGCAAUUAUAUAAACAUAUGUCACAUUCACAAGAUUCACGAUUUCACACAAAGUUAGGAUUUGUUCACACUGAUAUCGACCACGCGUUAUUUUAGCCUAUGUGUAAAAAGCCUGUAUUUUCACUUCUUGUAAUAAUAAUCUGCCGUAUGCAUUGGUGUUUAGAAAUAAUAUUGCAUUCAUAUUAAGUUGGUCUCAUAAUAGUUACCUUAUAAUAAACUAGUCGUAGAGCGUUAUGGUUUUGUAAAUUUUAAGGCGAUAUAUAUAAUUUUAAACGAUAUUUCUAUUCGAAUUGGUCCAGUCGAAUAGUUACGGAAUAAAUCUAAAGUCAUAAAAAUAGUCAUGUAAAAUAAUGACUCGACAUUUAAAUAGAUUUUACGUUGUCUGUAUGGUGUAAUAUCAAAUAUCAAGGGAAAUAAACAAAAAUAAAUUGACACUUGUCAAAACAGACAUUUAAUUUUUUUAAAUGUUAUCUAUUAUUAAAAUGGACAUUGGCAGAAUAUUUUGCGCUCAAAUAGCGUAGAUACAUGCCAGUAAAGGGAAGAAAAAAAUAAUAUUAGAAUGACUAUUUCUGUCAAAAUUUCAAAAUAUCAGCCACUUAAAUGCACAUAUAUAACAGUUGCAGUAUGAAAUACAUAUUUUAAUAAUCAUAAUUAUGAUGGACGUUAGUCAGUAAAUAUGGAUAGAUAAUAAAUUGAGGCGAUGGGAUAAAUGUAAAUACAGUUGUAAGCUUGGAUGGAAUUCGAUUAAAUUUAGUCUAGCUAAUGGAUUGAUAUUUGGUAAUUUUCGACUGGAAAUAUAAAAACAAAAAACGUUUUUUUGAUUCCAGUCGAAAAUGUUUAACGCGAGCACGGUAUGAAGAAAUUUUGUCACUUAGGGUGAUCGCGAAUUUUGCUACUGAUUGUGUUCAUUUACAAUAUUAUUUAAUUAUAAUUUUUUUUGACAUUUCAUUAUAUUUAUUAAUUGUUUUGACACCAUUCAGUGUUUAUUAGUUAAAUUAAAAAAAUAUAUGCUUUAAAUUUUCAUCAGUAGCUCUAUAAGCGUUCACUCUUUCUCGAUUUCUGAAAUCUGAUUGGUAUUUCACGUUGGAUGUAGAAUAGUUUAUACAAAUAGGACCCUACGUGUAUAGGUAAAGAGUUUAUUUUUGCUUAGGCUUGUAUAAAAAUGUAUUGAAUUGCAAAAGAUAAAUAUUUUUGGUAAAACAUCGCGAUGGAUAUCGUUAUAUUCAUAUAUUUACGACGCGUAGCUUAUCUAAAUUAGUUUUUGACAUUCAAAUGUCAUUAUACAGACGAUGUAAUAUUUAAUGACUGUUCACAGAUCUAUUUAUUUGCCAAUUAGGCUAGUGUUGUCCCGACCCAUUCAUUUUUGGUAUUCGAAUAUAUUUAGCGUUAAUAUAAUAAAAAUAAUCGAUCCAGAAGUCGAGUCACAGACUCGAGUACUAGGUUCGAAUUCCUUAAUAUUUUUCACUUCGCAAAACACGAGCAGUAACAAAAUAAAUUUAAUAAUUAUUCAGUUGAACCCAAAAUAAAAACAUUAAAUAAGAAAAAAUACUUUAUAUGCAAAAACACAAAUUCAAUUCAGUAUUCGAAUACUAUUAAUACAUACUCUAAAUCCUUACUCGAGAUUGUGCAUCCAAAUAGUUUAAUUCGAGAAUUCUAGUACGCGAUUACUUACUCGAAUGUCUCGGCACAACACUAAGUUUGGCUAGAAUCAGAAAGAUAUUUUAUAACGCAAGCCUCAUAUUACAAGGGUGUCUGAAAUCGUUGAGCUUUCAAUAACUAUAUAUUUGUAUUAAAAUUUUUAAAUUAUUCGCGAUAUGUAGAUACAAGCUAAAAUGUUCUAAACACCAUUUUGUGAAUAUUUAAAACAAAAUGGCGAUCUUAAAUAACAGCCGUUGCUAGUUAAACAACUUACAUAGUUUUUUCUAAAAUCAAGCGAAUAAUUAUUUCUGUAUAUAAAGCAAUGUGGGACCCACAAAAGCCGAAACCGAAUAAAUUUGAAAGCACUGAAUCUGAAAAAGUAUAAUAAUAUCCUCUGUGUCUAUAUCACUAAAAUAGUUCUAAAUGUAUGUAGAGAGGCACGUCAAUGACCUUUUGUCGCCAUCUUGAAUGUGUUCCGUCGAAUUAUUUAAUUCAGCCAUUUUAUAAAGUAUAACUAGCUGUUCUAUUUGUUCGCUAAAAGGUCAUUUUCGGGGCUCGUAAUAGACUAAGGCGUUCGUUAGAUAUCACAAAUUAGCUUCAAAAUAUACAUAUUUCAAAAUACCUAUUAUUAUAGUGAUCAAUGUUGCUUGUCGUAUAAAUACGUCAUAUUAUAAAUGAUUACACGGAGCUGUUCUUAUUAUACGUAAAUAUAGUUUUAUUCACAUGUUAACAGUAAGUAAUUUAAUGCCAUUGUUUUUACAAAAUGAUAUCCCUAUAUAACUGGUCGUCAACGCGAGCUGGCCUAACAUUUUCAUAAUAACAAAACAAUCUAUUAUUAAUCACAAAGUUUGUAGUAAUAACAUGGAUUAAUAAGAUAUUUCUAAAUAACUAAUAACCGUUAUACAAAGUUAAAUAAUGUAUAAGUUUUAUGAAUCGGCGUUUGAACACUUCGCUUCAGCCGCUCGUGUCGACGCCCUUAAGCAAUAGGUGGAUUACAAGCUUGACUGCCCCUUAUCGGACGAAGUAUAUGUCAAUAUUUUCUAUAAAAUAUAAAACAUUUAUAAAGUAGUUUAUAGAUAGCUUUACAAUUCAAGUUUCUAGCUCACCGAUGGAUUGGUAAUGAUGGGAGUUAAAAUUCGAACCGUCAUCGCUUUGACAGCUUAAAAGCCUUAAAGAUUGUGGCUUUUAAUAAAUAAUUUUGUGAAAUUAAUAAAAAAAUAAUUAUAAACA